AUGGCACGAGGUAUAGGGCUGAAACGGCACUCGCUAUUUGCCGAUGAGGAAGAAGAAAGUCCUCGACAACAGCGAAGGAAGUUUGUGGCAUGCCAGCGAUGCCACGCUCAUAAAAUCAAAUGUUCCGGCGAUCAGCCCUGUAGCAAAUGCCGUGCAGUGGGUUGCGCCGACGAAUGCGCGUAUGCUUCUAGGGAUCGCCAGGUCAAAGUUAGCGAGAAUUAUCUUGAUCAGCUCCUGGCGGAGAAUCGGCGCUUAAAGGAGCAGUCGGUCACCUCGGCCGACGCCACCGAAGCGAGUGGCCCGCCACAUGCGGAACGGGCCCCUUCUCGGCCUGCGGAUGCUACUGAUGCCCCUGAUGCUACCAGUAACCAGAAUCCCAUCAUCGGUGAUCGAGCAUGGUUUCAUCGAUAUGACCCCUCAUCACCGCCUAUCUACAUCGGCGAAGCAGCAUGCUCUGCCUUUGCGACUCGCUUUCGCCGUUUCUUAACCGGAAACAAUGCGACUGCGCAUAUUACCCGAACACAAUGGGAGCGAGAAGAAGUCAUUGCCGCGGCGGCGAAUGAAGCAAACGCCCAGUGGCCGAGUCUACAUCACGCUCGGCUGCUAGUUCGAAUCGCAAUCAACCAGAUCGGACACUUGUAUCACCUAAUGAUGCGCAAGACCACUCUAGAGAAGCUGGAGGAAAUCUAUCAAACAGGAAAUUUCGAAUGUGUAUCGAACAAGUGCAAAUUCUUCGCACUGUUUGCCUUCGGUCAGGCUUACUCUGUUCGAUCUGAUCCUACCACCGGAUCGCGUGUUCCAGGCACAGCAUAUUUUGCACGAGCUAUGAGCUUGGUUCAGGUCCUACCAGAGCGCACUAGUAUUACUCACCUUGAAACGUUGCUUUUGCUGUCCUUAUUCUCAUAUUACCUUAAUCGACGACACUCAGCAUACGUGCUGAUUGGAAAUGCCAUGCGCAUGGGCCUAACAAUUGGCUUGAAUCAUAAUAUCCCCGAAUCCCAACUCAUCGACCCCGUGGAACGCCAACACCGCAUCGAGAUCUGGUGGACAAUUUACAUCUUCGACCGCAUGUGGGGAUCAAAAAUGGGUCUUCCCAUGCAAAUCCUCGACGAAGAUAUCCAUGUCGACAUGCCUACAACUAUAUCCCCCAGCUGGCGACAUGAAGAAGAACUCUCCGACACAGACUAUAUGACAGCGAAUAUUAAGCUUGCCAAAAUAGCGGGCGAGACAAUCACCCGGUUGUAUAGCAGACGCAAAUACCAGGAGACAUUUCUCCAGCGUGUGCAGAAACUUCUAAAAGCACUGAAGAAUUGGGUCGAUACCCUACCCGAAGGCCUACGGCUAAACAUGGAAGAUCUCGAAUCCAGCAAGAAACCUGUCGUCUCUUUGCACAUGGCAUUUAAUCAAUGCGUCAUCCUCACAACAAGACCUACACUGCUGCAUCUCCUCAUCACUCUUCGCAAAAACAACGGUUCAAGGCCCCUUGGAGAAAACAUCCGAGAUUCAGUCUCUCAGCCAGUCCUCACCCUCAGCGAAGCUUGUAUCCACGCCGCGCGUCACUCGCACUCGAUGAUCCUAACGCGUUGGAUCAACGGGACCUGUCCCUCGUUCGGCUACUUCCACGCGCACUACCUCUUCUCCUCCGCCCUAAUCCUAGCAAUGUCCAGCUUCGUGCCCAUCGGCAAUCCAAAUGACAUGAGUGGUUUCGACUCCGCCCUCGACGUACUACGUUCAAUGUCCGAGAACGGAAAUCUCGCUGCAGCUGAGUUCUACCAUAACCUGGAGCAGGUGAAAGUCUGUCUGGACGCGUAUCGCGGCGCAAGUCGACCUCAGAAAACCGAUUCAGGACCUGAAAUCAAUGUAGACGUGACUCAUUCACCUACUGCGGCGGCGCUGAGACCAAUGUCUGGUUUGGCAUCGACGCUGGCGCCGUCUUCUUCGGCACAUCUGCCUGGAAUUUUGUCUACUGCGUCAACGGCGCAUGUUUUGCCUCCAGACGGCGAUUUAUUGGCUGGUCAGCCGUCCCAUGGGCCUGAUGCGUAUAUUCUGCCGGCGCGGGAUACGAUAAAUGGGUAUACGACGGAGAUGGCGUUCUUGGAGCCGACGAUGCAGGACUUCCUAGCUCAGUCGGAUAUUGAUCUCGGCCUGUUACAUCCGGUCGAUACGUUCCUUAGCGAGGUGGAGAAUCUUUAUACGUGUCAUGAGCUUUAG